AUGUCCGAUUACGGUAGAGCAGAAUUUCACCGCCCGCCACCAGCCGAUAUUAGCGAUGACUCGGCAAGUGAAUCCGACCACGACGGCCUCGUGCGUGGAGCACGCAGUUCGACCGAUAUUAGACAGCUGGACCUGAAGAUAUUGGAACGAGAGGAAGAGGCGGAGAAACUGUUGGCAGGUGAACAGAGAGAUCGCAAACUCCCAGGACUUUUUGCACGUAAGGAUGGGCCGUCGAGCGGCGUGAAACUGAGCAAAAGAGAGCGCAGGAGAUACCAGCGCGAGGCACAACGUACAGGAAGGAAACAACACAAAGAGGAGGAAGAGAGUGAACUCAUGUAUGACAUGGAGGAAGGCCAUAAGGACAGCUCCGACUCGGCCAAUUCAUCAGACGUCGACAGGCUGAGACUGAAAGAGCUGCCACAACCCAUCGAACGCCGCAGCUCACGACUCUGGAAGCUCACCGCCAUCCGCAUCGUUAUCAUUAUCGCCUUCUUUGGCCUUCUACUUGGUGCCUAUAUGGCAUCUCGCAAUCACAAACCUCUCGUUCGUCCCCAAUCGAACACUCUCACCAAUGGCUCCUCAAUUUUUGCUCCAACCACUAUCCUGAUCUCGCUCGAUGGAUUCCGCGCUGAUUUCCUCCAUCGUAACAUUACGCCAUCGUUGAAUGCAUUCGUUCGAGUUGGUGUAUCGCCAGAAUACAUGUCGCCAAGUUUUCCUUCUGUCACAUUCCCCAAUCAUUUCACCCUCGUAACCGGCCUGUAUCCUGAAGCUCAUGGAGUCGUCGGAAACAGCUUCUGGGACCCUGAGUUGAAAGAGGAUUUCUUCUACACUGAUCCUACUAGGAGCAUGCAGCCUAAGUGGUGGAACGGAGAGCCUAUCUGGGUUACUGCUGAAGAGCAAGAUGUUCGCGCUGCAAUUCACAUGUGGCCUGGAUCCGAAGCUCAUAUCGGCAUCGAGCCUACCUUUGUCGACAAAUACCAAGGUCAUGAAUUACUUACAAACAAGGUCAAUCGCAUCCUUGGUCUGCUUGACCUUCCUGGGCCAUAUGACGAAGGCGCAAGCUCUGAUACUCCACGACCACAAUUAAUCGCCGCCUAUGUGCCGGAUGUUGAUCGUGAUGGUCAUUUGUAUGGUCCUAACAGUACCGAAAUCAGGUCCACUAUUUCUAGUGUUGAUAGCAUGUUGGGUCAGCUGUUCUCUGGACUAGAGCAGCGAAACCUGACAGACAUCGUGAACAUAGUCAUAGUCUCUGACCACGGCAUGGCCACGACAUCGACUUCUCGCUUGGUCCAGCUCGACGACAUCAUCGACAUGUCCAUCAUCGAACGUACCGAUGGAUGGCCACUCUAUGGACUUCGCCCGAAGAAUGAUUCAGAUAUUGAGCCUCUGUACAACAAACUGNNGAAGCAAGAAGCAGCGAGUAUGAAAGGCUUCGAUGUCUAUAUGAAAGAUCGCGACAUGCCUGAACGCUAUCAUUUCUCACAGAACGACCGCAUUGCACCGCUUUGGGUGAUACCCUGGACCGGCUGGGCCAUCGUGGUCAAAGAAGAAUUCAACAUCGAAGAGGCGAAGAAGACUGGCCAAGUAUAUCACCCUCGAGGUGUGCACGGAUACGACCAUGAGCACCCACUAAUGCGUGCAAUCUUCGUGGCUAGAGGUCCUGCUUUCCCUCAUACGCCUGGCAGCAAAGUGGACGUCUUCCAGAAUAUUGAGGUCUACAAUUUUGUCUGCGAUUCUGUCGGAAUUGUGCCUAAGCCAAACAAUGGCACCCUCCGUCUACCGCUCAAACCUAUUGGUUUGCAUGAUUCUAUGCCGCCUCAAGAGAUCCCGGAAGAUAUGCCAGAAGACGAUUUUUCUGGUGGAGAAGGCGACGCGUUGAUCUCGACGUCGAUUGGAGCGUCGUCCGAAGCUGCGGAAACAACCUCAUCCCUGACGCAAGCUUCACGUCCAACAAUCGCCACCACCGAUGCUGCUGCUCCAACACGGCCAGUCAUUCAUGAUGAUGUGAGCCAGGAGGACGAAGAUGAACAUGGCAAAGACACGAAUUUGUGGUGGGACUGGGUCAAAGGGAAACUCGACGGCGCCAAAGAUUGGGCGACCGGGAUUUACGAUACGGUGUCCGACAAGAUCUCGGGUGCCGCAGCGAACCCAGGAAAGACCGGAUAA